CUAGCUUGACAGACUACUGGAAAGCGACCAGAUGGAAUUCAGCACUGGCUUCUUAACAGAUUCCGCACAUUUUAAAUUGUAUCGCACACAUUUUUUAGCGGACUUUCUUGGCAUUUGACAAGCCCUGGCGUGACUACAAGGGCCUGUGAAGCGGGGACAGAAGAAGACAUUUAAAGACCCAACAUCUUCCCACUGUCCCAAGGCGAGUGUGUGUCCAUCAUGCCGCUGUUUGGUAGAUCCCAGAAGAGUCCGGCGGAAAUCGUCAAGACCCUGAAGGAAAACAUGGCCAUCCUGGUCAAACAGGAUAAGAAGACAGACAAGGCGUCUGAGGAGGUGUCGAAGUGUCUGGUGUCCAUGAAGGAGAUCCUGUACGGCAGCAACGAUAAGGAGCCUCACACGGAGACGGUGGCCCAGCUGGCCCAGGAGCUGUACAACAGCGGGCUGCUGCUGUCGCUGGUGAAGAACCUGCAGGUCAUCGACUUCGAGGGCAAGAAGGAUGUGUGUCAGAUCUUCAACAACAUCCUGAGGAGGCAGAUCGGGACGAGGAGUCCCACCGUGGAAUAUUUCUGUUCCCACCCAGAGGUGCUCUUCAUCCUGCUGAAUGGUUACGAGACGCCCCAGUCAGCGUUGAAUUGCGGGAUCAUGCUGAGGGAGUGCAUUCGCCACGAGCCGCUCGCCAAGAUCAUCCUGCACUCCAGUGAUUUCUACAAAUUCUUCCUUUACGUGGAGAUGUCCACCUUCGACAUCGCCUCCGACGCCUUCGCCACCUUCAAGGAUCUCCUGACAAGACACAAAGUGCUUGUGGCCGAAUACCUGGAGCAGAACUACGAAGCUGUGUUUAAAGACUACGAGAAGCUGCUGCACUCUGAGAACUACGUCACCAAGCGGCAGUCUCUAAAGCUGCUGGGCGAGCUGCUGCUGGACAGACACAACUUCACGGUGAUGACGCGCUACAUCAGCAAGCCGGAGAACCUGAAGCUGAUGAUGAACCUGCUGCGAGACAAGAGCCCCAACAUCCAGUUUGAAGCCUUCCACGUCUUCAAGGUUUUCGUAGCGAACCCCAACAAGACGCAGCCCAUCAUCGACAUCCUGCUCAAGAACCAGACCAAACUAAUCGACUUCCUGAGCAACUUCCAGAAGGAUCGCACGGACGACGAGCAGUUCAACGAUGAGAAGACCUACCUAAUCAAACAGAUCCGGGAUCUGAAGAAGCCGGCCUCCUAGAGAAGCCCCUCAACCCCAACUUUUUACCGAUAGGAUUAAAAAAAAAAACACACACACAUUAACAAUAACGGUUACUCUAUUUCAAAGAAAAUCUUCUCUUUGUUGGUUCAUUUGAAACACUAGUUCUCAAUCACUGAUCUUUCUUUUUGUAAAUGUUUCUCAUGAGAUCUUUGUUUGUUUUCCAUCUGUAGCAUGUCGUGCCACAACUCAUGGUGUUGAAGGCAUUCGCUCUGCUGGGAGAACCAGCGCUUAAAAAAUCCUUUUUGUAAUGCGAACAGUCACCAGAUGCAGUCUCUACACGUGGAUUGAUUUCUAACUGUUUAAGUGAAGUAGCUGCAAAUCAAAAAUAACUAUAAUAAUGAAGAAUUUCUGCUUAUUUUUGUUUUUUUAGCUCGGUCGGCAUGUGCAAAAACAUAUUCUCAGUCAUCGCUCAAAGCUUCGUUAGCCAAACAUUUAGCUGCUAAACGUCCUUCUUAUUGUAAAGCCAAACAACUGUGUAGUCCACUGAGACAAAUAUAACAUUUGUGAUAAUUGGGCUGUAUAAAUAAACAUUGAUUGAUAGUGCCAAUUAAACAUGGGACAGGAUUAAGUAGACCUUUGAGAUUAAGAGUAUACUACAAGAUAAAUACAUUUGACUAUGAUCUAAGGGAUGCUUUUUAAUCAUCUGUAAUCGGAUGACCAAUCACAACAAAGAAAUCAGCAUAAUAGGGCCUCUUUAAAGCUCUCCAAAACCACAUAUAUUUGGCAAUAUCGAGACUGAGAAUAGACGUUUUGAGAGAAGUGGUUUUAGUGACUGUUGGAACAUGCUAUGGGUACAGCUUCCAUCCUAUUGAUCGCUGGUGGCUGAUCGCACUUUCUGUAUGAUCCAUCAUGUUAAUCUUAAGAUGAUCACUGUUUGAGGGUUAAUUUUUUUAUAUAUAGUUUCAUUUCUUGUCAUGUACAGUUGAUGGUUUGUACACCUGAAGUGAGUGCCAUUGUGAGUGGGAACGUUGUUUUGAUUUGGAUCUGACGUUGGUGUUAGAAACCAGUGAGAGGAUCCCGAGGUGCCUUUUUGGUUUGGUGUGUUCUUCUUUUUGUAUUUCCAGUAUCUUUCUAGGGGAGCUUAAUUGUUAUGUUAAUGAGAAUAUGCUCUGGACAGAACAUAUUUGUUGUGAUUAAGCAGUGAACCUCUCAACUCACUAUACUUGAGUUACGCUGUCAUAGAAACGUUUUUUAAAGCUGAUGCCAUCGUGUACAGACCAGGGGCUUUACAGUUUCCGUUGAUUUAAUGUUCAAAUUACAAACUGUGUUGGCGAAGAAAUCAUCGGGAAAGUUAUCGCAGAGUGAGGCCAAAGUUGGAACUGAGAAAUGUAACUGUGAAAAAUCCACA